AUGGCACACCAGAAUGUGACAGCUUUGAAAGGUGACACAGCAGUUCUUGAUUGCACAGCUGAAGGAGAUAAGCCAGUUUCAAUUACUUGGUUUAGUAAUGGGCACCAGUUUGACAGAAAACUAUACUCACAUAUCAUAUUGAAGGAAGAGGAAUCAGAAAAUGGAACGUCUUCAAAACUGAUUGUCCGCGAUCUUCAAAGGAAAGAUACUACUACUUUUGAAUGUGUGGCUUCAAACGAGUAUGGAAGUGACCGGCUGGAAGUAAAAUUGAUAGUACAAGAGCCACCAGAACCACCAAUAAAUGCUCAUGUAAAUAAUUUUACCAGUCGCUCACUAAAACUGAGUUGGAAAGAGCCAUAUGAUGGAAACAGUGCUAUUACAUCAUACAUAAUCCAGUAUAAAAAUGUGUCAGUGCCAUGGAGUCUCGAUGUACCACAGAUAGAGGUGGAUGGACUCCAGCAGGUAGCCUCGUUGAGUGACCUCAUGCCAGCACAUGUAUAUAACAUAAGAGUUCUUGCUCUAAAUGAUGUUGGGGCAUCUAACUACAGUAAUAUUCUCACAGUAACGACAAAGGAGGAAGUUCCUGAGGCCCCACCAAGAGAUGUCAGAGUUAAAAUGAAAGAUUCAGAGACCCUGCUUCCUCCAGACAAGCAUCUUCAGCAUGGGGAAAUUAUGGGAUAUUACAUUGGAUACAGACUAGCAAAUUCAAGUGAACCAUUUCAUUACAAGACAUUUGAAGUGAUCCCAGGUAUAGAGCUGCAGAAUACACUAACCAAUCUUCAGAAGUUUACUGAGUACAGUAUUUUAGUGCAAGCAUAUAACAGAGUAGGGGCAGGUCCUCGGAGUAAGGAAGUGGUGGCAACCACAGAUGAGGACGUUCCUGAUGCAGCACCUCUUGAUGUACAAUGUACAGCACUUACUUCAAAAAGUAUCUUGGUUAUGUGGUCGUCUCCACCAGCCACAGAAAUAAAUGGAAUUUUGAAAGGCUAUAAGGUCAUUUACCGUUCAUUAGCAGACUGGAAUGAAAUAUCACCCCCAACAGAACAAGUCACACAAGAUCAGAAGUUUACACUCAGAAACUUGGAAAGUUUCUGCAACUACAGUAUAGAAGUAAGAGCAUACACAGCCAAAGGUGUUGUUCCAGGAGCACCAGCUGACAUAAAAGCUCUUGUAAUGGAUUCAAAGACUGUGUUGAUUUCUUGGAAGCCACCGCUGCAUCCGAAUGGAAGAAUAAGAAAAUAUAAGGUUUAUGUUCGAUCAUUUGAUGGUUUUAGUCUGUUACGAUUUGGUGAAAGCCGCACUGUACAACAUGAUACAUUUUAUGCUUUUUUCUCUGUACUUUGUCUCCCAUGCCAUCUUGUUAUGGAUGAUGGAACUGAUUUACAUUUGGAAAGGUUUGUAUUACCAUCUUCAACAAUUAUUUAUUUCUGUGCACAGGACAAGGAUCAAUUUGACAUUCCUGCGGAGCAAACAUAUUACACAAUAUCUCACCUGGAGCUGCAUCAUCGAUACGAAUUUUGGGUAACAGCAUCCACAUUGGUUGGUGAAGGAGCAGCUUCUAGACGUGUCAUACAAGUGCCAGCAAGCCAUGUACCUGCUCGUGUGGCCUCCUUCGGUAACCAUAUCACUGUAGCAUUGCAAGAAGAUUUACAGUUGCACUGCAUUGUUGUCGGACAGCCAAGUCCAAAAAGAAUAUGGACAAAGAAUGGGAAAGCUGUAACAGAGGACUCCCAUGUAAAAAUUAAUGAUGAGUAUUCACUGUUUGUUAGCUCAGUACAAACAAUGGACUCUGGGAACUACACAUGCUCAGCCGAAAACAUGUUUGGGAAGGAUGAAAUAACAUACUCGGUAAAAAUUCAGGACAACAGAAACAGAGGAAUUCCUUCAUCACCAGUGGGAUUACAUGUUUCAUCGACAACUGUUUCGAGUAUAACACUGCAGUGGCAGUCACCUUCUGCACAUGUGAACCUUAUCCAAGGUUAUUACUUGUAUUUCAAGCGAGAAUUCGGUGAAUGGGAGAAAGUGAGGAUUCUGUCUAACUACUCAAGUUACACUCUUAACAAUCUGCAGUGUGGCACCAAGUACCACUUUUACAUGCAGGCCUUCAAUCAAUUGGGUCAGAGCACACCUACAUUAACAAUCACAACUCGCACACAAGGCUCAGCUCCUGUUUCACCUAGAAAUACUGACUUAAUACGAGUAAAUUCUACUUCCAUUUUGCUGAACUUAACAUCAUGGAAUGAUGGUGGAUGUCCAAUAACAUCUGUUGUGGUGGAGUACAAGCUGAAGAAAGGGUUUGCAUGGACUCUUGUAUCAAAUAACAUUAAAAUAGAACAAACUGAAUUCAUGGUAUUGGAUCUAGAACCAGAAACCUGGUAUGCUUUGCGCGUCACUGCUCACAACAGUGCUGGCUCUACUAUUGCAAACUAUAAUUUUGUCACUCUGACACACACAGGAGCUACAAUUGCUCCUGACUUAAUAGUGUAUUCAAAUUAUGGAAGUCAACGGUUUUUUGGUGAUACGACCCUAAUAGCAUUUAUUGUUGGUGGAACUACACUACUCAUUGUGGCUAUUCUGGGACUCUUGAUUUAUCUGAAGAAAUGCCAGGAGAUCUUCUCUUCACACAAAUGUGACGAGAAAACAUCAGAAACAGGAAAAAUAGAAGAUUUGGAUCGGGGAGCAGUUCCUAUGAAAUAUGACAACAUUGAAAGUGGCAUUGCCUCAGCAAAUCUCCAAGAAGCAGUCUAUAUUGCCACUCCAAUGCGUGUUUCUCUGGGACAGAGACAAGAUAUCAGUCCUUACGCAACAUUCCGUGUCCCUGUUCUGGGAGAUGCAGAUCAUUUGGAUGCUAUAGACAAUGUUGAAUCACACAGGACUUCCAGCUGUCUCCAGUACAGUGAAAAGCCACAUCAUUCAUCAACAGUAAGUGUAAAAUUGUUGUUAAGUUAUACGUAUCAAGUUGUGCAUAAAUGA